AUGAUCUACCACACGAAGGGCCUCUACAACCUCGAUGAGGAGGUCGACUGGGUGGAAUACUUUGCAGGCAUGUCUGCCUGCACGCACAGCCAGCGGGAGGCAGGGUACCGGGCAGCCCGGUUGGACAUCAAGUUCUUUGAUCAGAAAAACUCCAAAACAAGGAAGGGCCGCAAAACUUCAAACUACUAUGACUUGACGAGCAAUUCUGGCUUUAUACUAGCCUGCGUUAUGGUGAUGAAAGGGCGAUCCCAAGAUUUUAUAGCUUGGCUUGCUAUGAAAUGUUCCUCCUUCUGUGGCAUGAACGUGGGUACCAGUGGGCGCAGUGCAGCAGCUUCCAUUGGCCGUGACUGGUACAAGAGUGUGAAAGAAGCUAACUGCCUCUUGGAAAGGACUAUAUGCCUUUGUCAACUGGUGACAGCAUGCUUUGGUGUAUGGGUAGUGGAGCAGCCGGGAAGUUCAGUCCUUGAUUACUACCCGGCAUGGCUACACUUCUUGGCACGACAAUACCAAGUCUUUGGGACAUGUGCAGUCUGGAAGACUCGAUGGUGGAUGAUGAUGUACGGAUCCCAAAGCCCCAAAAGGCAUUGGGCCUACAGCAACAGUCGUAGUAUUGGCAAACUUGACAUUGGGUCAAAAAAGGGAUUCAAAUCGAAAAUCACCACAGUUGAGAAGUACACCAACAGGGCUGGCAAGGUGUGCUACAAAGGAACAGACAAACUUCGUGGAACGGAGAAGUUUGGCCAAAUUUCACCAUAUUUUUUAAAAAUCAAUUUCAACUGUGUUAAAAUGUUGUUAAUUGAAAAAUGUGUUAUCAAUUAUAGAGAUUGCUGUUUGCCAACCUGA